AUGUCUCAACCCACUCGCUCAUCUCAAAGUCCCCUCGCUGCACCGGCUGAGAUACUUGUCCCGUCAACUCCACCCCGUCGUGCCACUUUGUCUCCAUCCCCAGAUCUCAGUGCUGCGGUCAAGGAUCGCUCCCCCUCCGACAUGAAGUUUCACUCCCCACCACAUCUCUCUUCAUCCGACAUGACACCGCCACCUUCUACUCAGAUCCCCGGAGCACCUCUCCGCCGGACCCACUCUCGCUCCAUCAGUCCCUCACUAGCCACCCCAGCCGACUUGGACAAGUCUCUCUUCGAGGCUUAUGGCGCAUCGGAGAACCUCCCAACAAUUGAAGAAAUCGACAAGGCAGACGAAACCCAACUUCGGUCCAUUGCCAAAGAUUUACUCACUGUAGCCCAAGAGGCACGUGUAUCUGCCUUACACUUCAAGCUUCAAAAUAGCUUAGUAUCGUUCGCCAGCAAUGAGGCUGUCAAGCGCGCAGAGGUCGAGCACCUUUUGGCUAAGCGCGAGGUCGAAAUUCUUCAGAGCGCCGAGUACCGUCGCUCACACCCCACCGAGCCCAUAACUCCCAAGCAAUCUGUCUCUAACAAUGAUUACCUGACCGCAAUGCAGCGGUCUCGGGAAUUGGAAGAGGUCAACACUGUCUUAGAUAGACGACUGCGACGAGCUAAGCGAGCCUUUGAGGAUGCUACCGCCCAGUCUGCCGAGUUGACUGAACAGAACAACUUGUUGAAGAAGCGUAUCGAAGACAACCGUCGUCACUUCUCGCAAAUUUACAACUACGGAACCCUUUCUCCUGGCAUGCAAAACGAGCUUCACACUAUCUGCCGGGGCGAGCACACUGAUGGCCUUGCAGCCUUGCUCUUCGCGGAUAAAUUCACCAACCGCCUCCAUGAACCACAGAGCUCUUACAGCGGUCACACCUCAGUUCCAGUCACCCCUAACCGCUCUGUUCGCCAGGGUCGCCAGUACUUGACCCCAGGCCAGAUCUCGCAUGGCAAUCAAUAUGACAGCGAUAGUACUGUUUCACUGUCAGCCGCGGAUUCGGAGGACGAACCUGUACAGAGCCGGCAACAAGAUUUGCGGCACACUGCCCCAAAAACAAGCACACUUCUUCAAACCAAAUUGUUUGGCCAAGUGAAGAAGCCUGGCAUGGAGCGCAAUACAUCGAACAAGCGCAAAGCGAGCUCUGAUGAGAGUAACCCAAUUAUGAAGAAGUCCAGGGCUAGUGGUGGAGUGGGCCUGGGCAUUAACACCUAA